UCGUGUUUAUACUGGAGCCUAGGAGUGACAUCAGAGCAGGGAAGAGUAUAAACACUUGCAGGGCUUUACUCAAAGACUUUAAAAACUUCAGACACGCUGCUGUCUCCAAACUGCCUGGGGAGGGAUGUGCUGAAGUGUCAGAAUGAAACUCCAGCUUCUCUUGAUCUCCUUCCUUUGUCUCCUUUCCAAGGUGUAUGCACAGCUUUGCCAGACUCCAUGCUACUGCCCAUGGAUCCCUCCACGUUGCCCUCCUGGUUCCUCCUUAGUUUUGGACGGAUGCGGCUGCUGCAACAUAUGUGCCCGCAGACUGGGAGAGCCCUGCAGCUAUCUACACGUCUGCGAUCGGAGCCAAGGACUUGUCUGCGAUUACAAUGCUGCCCUGAUGGGGAGAGGAGGAACCUGCAAUUAUGAGGACAAUGACGACAGCUGCGAAGUGAAUGGGAAGAUCUAUCAGGAUGGGGAAGUGUUCCAGCCAAGCUGUAAGCUCCAGUGCCGCUGCUCAGGAGGAGGUUUCACAUGUGUCCCCCUCUGCAGUGAGGAUGUUCGCCUCCCCACUCCAGAUUGUCCCCAUCCAAGGCGUGUGGAGAUCCCAGGAAAGUGCUGCCAGGAAUGGAUUUGUGAAAGACAAGACAGGCAGAUCUUGCCGGAUACCAUGGCAGCACAAAGGCUCCCUGGGACAGCGUCGAUAUUGAUCCCCUAUGCAUGUGAACAGUGGAGCACUGAGUGGUCCGCAUGCUCUGCCACCUGUGGCGUAGGGAUCGCCACCCGGGUAUCUAACCAGAAUCAGUACUGCAGGCUCGAGACCCAAAGACGCUUAUGCCUCCUCAGAUCCUGCCAGGGUCUGACGGGAAUAGCCAGCAUGGUACCGAGAGGAAGAGGAAGCCGCUUGUAAACCAGCCCACUCCAUUCAGAAGUUGAUAUACUGGCUUUAUCCUAGCAGCUGGAUCAUCACAAGUCCAAGAUACUCUCAUUUCUUUG